GCCAAUCAGUUGAAGGCAGAGAAAGUGGAUUUGCAUAAACCUGAAAACAGAAAGGCUCACAAGACUGACGAAUAUGAGAUCAAAAAACUGAUUCUCCGAAGAGGGCAGGCGUUUGACGUCACAGUAACGUUUAACAGAGAGUUCUCACCUCAGGCUGAUGUUAUCAUACUGCAAUUUGUCACUGGUAAUGUUGUCGACUGACCUGGAAAUAUCUAGAUUUUUCAUACCUAGUAUUUAGUUUUCAGCAAUAAGUAGCCUUGCUUAUAGACAAACGCAACUCGAAAACCUUUUGUACUGUGAGGGAAAGUAACAAUGUUAGUAAAAAGUUGUUUUCUUUAAUCUUUUAAGUUUUUGUGAACUUCUACUUUUUCUCAAUUAGUAUAGGUAACAACAUGAUUUUGAGUGCAAUUAGGUGUUAAUAAGCACGAGUAAAUUUUUCAAAGACAACAAAACUGCACGAGCCCGUAGGGCGUGCAAGUGUAGUUUGUAGUCUUUGAAAAGUUUACAAGUGCUUAUUACACCAAUUUUCAGGCGAAAUCAUGUCAUUACUUGUUAAUAAUGUACCUGAAAAAGCAUCACAGAAAGUCAAGAUAGACGAAACUUUGAAAGCGUGCGGGCGCUAUUUGUAAUUUGCACCCGUGUUACAACUUUGCACUCGUGCUACAUGAGAAUGCACUCGACUUCAGCCAAUCAGAAACGCGUAAUUUUUUCAGGUAUAUUAAUUGACCAAUAUCUAGGUGUGUUGACUCACUCUUGGUCAAUAACGCAUUUAUAACACAACCAUAGGUGAUAAUCCUCAGGAAAACAAAGGAGCUAUUAUGAACUGAUGGUGGAGACAAAAUCAAAAGAUUCCUCUGGGGACGUGUCGCUAUAUCGAUACAAACAUGAAGAAGAACAGAUUUGCAUCUUAUUCAAUGCGUGGUGUCAAGGUAACUAAAAUUCUUUGCAAUUUAUGAAACUAAAAAUCACAGAGCAACUCACACUAGAAAAACAGAAAAAAAAAUUAUAUAACGAAAGCCAUUACGAGCCAGUUUUUGGGAAUCAUUACAAAGUCCGAAUAGAAAGAACAGCAGUAGUGAGUAAAAUAGCAAGGUGUUUCACACUGAAGUAGAGGAAAUAAGAGGGUCUCAAUGAGGUGCUGGCUUUUACGGCUAACGGUUAUAAAAAUUUUGGCCAUCUUACGACUUACGGUUAACGUCAAUUCAUUGUUAUCACCAAAAUUUUUUUUUAGUUCGGUUACCUUUCUUACGCCUAACGGCUAAAAUUUGUCAAUUUGUACGCCUAACGGUUAAAUUUUGUCAAUUUGUACGCCUAAAGCUUAAAUUUUGUCAAUUUCAGGUAGGCCUAACGGUUAAAGUAUUUGACCGUUUACGGUUAUCAGUUAACCCCAUUGAAACCCUUAAAUAAAGUAUCGGACAAUCGCACUUUAUUAGAGGAAUAUUUGCCGAUCUUGACAAUAAAAUUAAACUUUUUAUUCUCACUAUUUUCUUUUUGAGAAAUCGCUCAGAUAAGUGUUUAUUUGCAUGCGCUUUGAACAUAAAUGGAGGGAAUGUAAAUUUCCUCACAUCUGUUAGGAUGUGCAAUGAUAAUGAUAUUAUUUUUGCAGAUGAUGUGGUGUACAUGGAGAAGAAUGACGAUCUUGAAUUGGAUCCUGAUGAAUAUGUUCUAAGGGAAAGUGGCUCUAUUUGGAAAGGAAGCUGGAAGAAGUUUUUCGGAUUUCAAUGGAACUUCGGACAGGUCAGUAACAAUAUGUCAAACACUUCAAGUUUAUUUCAAAUUUGGUGUAAAAAGAAUGUGGCUGGGAUGGAAGGGGGGGGGGGUAGCUUUACAUUAAAUGCGACUUUUACGGAGCACCUAGUAAAUAAAUUUGUCACCCAGCUUGUUUAAAAGAAAAGAACAAUAUCUUUCUCUUCGAUGUGUCUUCUAUGACAAGUUGCCUUGAUGCGUAAUUCAGCAGCCGUGUUUAGUUUAACCGAAUCAAACGUGUUACCUCAGUAGAGGUCGCAUUGUGCUUUGAUUUUCUUUCAUGGUUUUCCUCUUCUUCUUUCACGUUUAGUUUGAUGAUGCAGCUUUAAAUUCGGCUUUGUUCCUGUUGAAGAAGGCCGGCCUCUCCGUUACCGCGAUGUCCAAUGUUAUUCAUGUGGUUAGGAAAAUGACACACAUGGUGGGAGUUUCAUACAUGUAGUUAUCAUUACAAUCACGUUCAAUGAUCUUGUUGUGCGCCAUGCAACUCCUGCAUUGAGGACGCGAUUUCUCGUCACUUUAAACAAGGACCAGAGAGCAUGUUUUAAUGAUAAAUUUUCCCAUGAACAAAGACAGCAGAAAUAUUUCGAGCUCUGUUUUUUGACAUCUCUUAAUCCGGUCCUGUUAACAAGAAGACAUUGUUCAUUAUCUGAAAAAAGUCAAAUAAUACUGCAGUUGUUUCUGGAGAGGUCGUUUUUCACCCUCCCUCGAAGUGAUCGGUGAAACCAAAACGUAUCUCUCAAAUUUUGGAAGCAGUUCGCGGAAAAAAUAGUCGGGCUAGCUAACGGGAGGCGUGUAUAUCGUGUGCGUGAAGACUCGAUAGAUUCAGCUUUGAGAUCUUCCUUCGUAUCAUCACAGGUAAACUCAACCCUCUUGAAGGGCAAUUGGGGUGAUCCGGAAGAUUUUGAAGACGGAACUGCACCCUGGGAAUGGAGUGGGAGUAUUGCAAUUCUGGAGAAGUUUUGGAAAGAGAAAGAUAUAGUUAAAUAUGGCCAAUGCUGGGUGUUUUCUGGAAUCCUAACAUCAUGUACGUAAGCUGCAGCAUUUUGAAUGUAAACUUUUCACAGUUAAUGAUUUAGCCUGUGUACGAAUCAGAUGAGAGCUACAAACGCAUCUGGGAAAAAGGAAAUUCUGCGAACAGGCAUCAUCUGUGAUGAUUCAUUUCCGUCUUGUGGACGCAGAACUGUCUGAACUAAAUUUCAUAACCCUUUACGUCCCAGAAGUACUUCACAUGAGGCCUUUUGUCGCCUUACAUACUCUGUGUCACAUAUUAAGUGUAAUAAUAUGCACAAUUAUCUGCUGAAGGGUACUUCAUGACACUAAAUUAUCUGGAAUAACUUACAAUUAAAAGGUGUACUAAUAAGAGGAGACAAUUUAAAAUCAAAUCAAGAGAGCUAAACACCAUCAUUUCAUGAUAAUUAUAGUUAGCAGAAUAUCGUAUUCCAUGAUAAUGCUCCACCCUCUGAUAUGCGUAAUAGACAGACGCAAAUUUAUUAGGACAAACAUAAGUAUCUUAACUGAGAUGGCAGAGUCAUCUGAAUUUAUGUAGCUUCAAUGUGUUUUAGUGCUCCGAGCGUUAGGAAUACCGACCAGAAGUGUCACAAACUUUGAGUCUGCGCACGACACAGACAGAAGCUUGACGAUUGAUUACCACUUUGAUGCGGAUGGACGACCCGAUACAAGCAAAAAUAAAGAUUCCGUAUGGUAGGCACGGUGAAUUGUAAAAAACUAUCUAAAUCACUAUCAAGGGAGACUAAGAAACGACGAUGGCGACGUCGUGGACAACGUUAGCUAAAAAUGUACCUAUAUUUUACCCACAAAUUUCGCAAUACUCUAAAGUCGUUUAGACAAAAUUUGGUUUUGCUUUGUUGAUUUACAGAGGACGCAAAGAAAUUUAAAAGAUUUACAACGCACGUAAACAGUCAUUGUUCUGCUCUUUAAAUCUUUUGUUUAGUGACAUUCCCGUUGCCGUUGCCGUCGUGGUUUUCAUAGACUCCCUACUAUUAUUAUCAUUGUACUUUAAAAUACUGACAAAGUUUGCCGUCGAAAUAAGUGGAGCCGGAGUUUAUUUUGACUGCUGUAGCAUGAAGCGAUUUGGAGUAAUGCUUAUUCCUCCUACAGGGGUUGCUAGUCCAUCGCAAGCUUACUUCCAGCAUUUUGUCAGGAUGCUCUGUCAAUAAGUGAGUACUCAUUUACACUCGAGCUCAUGAUCAAGAGUGGAGAGUAGAGUGUCUUGCCAAAGAUCACAACACUGAUUGACCUUGCCCGGUCUUGAACCCGCCCUGCUCGCUUAGCGCUCAGGGUGCUAACCAUCAGGUCAACAUGUCUGCCACAUCGCUGUAUCUAAGCCUUAGCUAAUUGUUGAAUAAGUGCGCAUUGAUUUUACAGGAACUAUCACGUGUGGAACGAGUGUUGGUUCAAACGCGUUGAUCUUCCUGAUGGUCAUGAUGGCUGGCAAGCGAUAGACGGGACACCUCAGGAAGAAAGUGGAGGUAAGGCAAAAGGAAAAAAAAAAUGGAAAAAAUUUUUUUUCCCAAGCAUUUUUUUUUUCCUGUCAUUUCGCAAAUGCCUUUCUCACGCAUAUUUCUCGUUGUUUUGUUUCGUAAUAAGCCAUGUUUUAUCGUCGCGAGCGUCUUUUGUCUCCAAAAUUGUCUUGCAUUUUUCAUCGGGAACUUAGUCAAUGGGUCCCUGUUGUUUCCUUUGCAAAGCAAUUUACUCCUAUUGUUCUAUGAUUUGUUUACUACGACCCAAAGUAUUUGAGAUUCGGUUGGAGAGGUCAUAUAGUAAUAUUUCUUUCCCUCUUGAUAGAAAAGCCCCAAAUUAACGGAAGACAUGUUUCCUAAACAAAAACUCUAAUCUUAGGAUGUGUUUUGGUUUUUAAGACACUCGUACAAUUGAAAGGCAUUGUAGAGCCUCUAUGAGAAAUUUGGUCUCGUCUAUUGAUCUUCUCUCGAGUAAUAAAAACCUUCCUUCAUGUCUGUGUAGGCUUUUACCAGUGUGGACCUGCCUCAGUUAAUGCCAUUAAGAAUGGAGAGGUAUACCUCAACUAUGACACUGGCUUCAUCUUCGCCGAAGUGAACGCUGACAAAGUUUAUUGGGAGGUCCCGUUCUUAUUUAGCGGAGAAAUGAGAGCUAUUCAAACUGACAAGAUGGUUAUUGGCAAGAACAUCAGUACUCUAAAGCCUGGCACGAAUGGAGAAAGACAAGAUAUUACACGUCGCUACAAACAUCCAGAAGGUAUUCUCAGUAACAUGCAAGUUUGGCCGUAGAAUCUAUAAAGAACACUUCACGUGUCACAUUUAAGUGACCUCUGUUCGCCAUAUGUUUGUACGAAAGCUAGAAAAACUCGCGGCUAACUUGCAAACUUCCCAGGGUUUCCCUUGAGACGAAUUGAAUAGAAAACCAAACUAAGUGUUCUUUCGUUAUUUGACUUGUUCUAUUGAGCUGUUAAUAAGCUAGAAGGAAGUUUAUCAGUUGUGCUAUGUGAGGUCAUCUAUAAUUUUACGUGAUUAUAGUACGAAUUUGAAUUAGCGGAAAUAUAAUCAGACAAGAUAAUUUGACCCAAAACGUUUCCUGCUUCGUUACACCUUCCUUCUUCUCCAAGGAGAGGAAAAAUGGACUUAUAAACAACGAAGGUUCGAUAUUUUGGCCUCCAGGAAGAGCAACAGAAUAAGGAAAAAGAAAAAAAUUAUAUCAGCAUAUUGCACUCCCGUUCACUUCGAGUGAAUUUUUUUUUUUCUAAUCAUUGGUUAUAAAUCUGUAAUAGGUUCAGAGAAGGAGAGGAGUGUAGUGGAAUUUGUGAACAGAUUUAGCUCCAAAGCUGACCUCGAAAUAUACGAGACCGCCGUAAAAGAUGUCACAAAAAGGCUUGAAAUAGCCGAUGAAGUGAAAUUUGGAGAAGACUUCAAGUCUACUGCUUUUGCUAAGAACGAAUCCAACGAGAGGAGAACAGUCACAAGCUAUCUUACAGCCAUUUUGGUGUUUUAUACUGGUAAAGCCGCUCGUACUCUAAAGGAAGCUAAGAACACUGUCGUUCUUGAACCAGGGGAAGGUAAUUUAGUGAAAAUUUCAGAGAUUGCUUUUAUAGAACCUUUUUUUUAGCUCAAGGAAUAAAGAAGACUUGAAACACUUGUGCAUAGCCUGAGGAUGAUGCAUAUAGCAACGAAAAGUCGUGUUCUGAGUAAGGCAUGGUUAUUUAUCGUAAUACGUUUAUCUGCAGAAAAAGGUGCAACAUUGGAAAUUUCAACCGCUGAAUUGAUAGGUAAGUCAGCAGCAGAGGCCAGCAUCAAAGUGUUCCUGAAAGGAACCGUCGAAGAAACAGAUCAGCGAUUUGCCAUUCAGGACGUGGUGGAAUUCAAGAAACCUGGGCUGAACUUAACGGUAAAAUGGGUAGUCUUAGAAAUUUGUUUAUCCGUCGCAGUUUAAACCCGUAUGUAAAUAUCCAUCUGCUGUACAGAUAUGAAUGAAAUAUCAAAAUUUCUCCAUGGAAUUUUUUUCAUUUUUUGAAGUGAAGUAACUUAAUUAAAUUAAGACCGGUGUGAGACAAGCGUGUGUGAGUUCGUCUCUCCUUUCAAUUUGACCAUCGACUGGGUCAUAAGACAGGCAACAAAGAGAAACAAAUAGAAUAAGGUUGUCCCUUUUCAGCACGCUUAACGAUAUGGACUUUGUGCUGAUAACGUAGCCAUGUUCUCGCACACGCAUGGUCAGAUGUAGAACAAAGCCACACAGCUCAACAUGUAUGCGAAUAAAGUGGGUCUCAAGAUCAGCCUGAAGGAAACUGAAGUCAUGACUCUCGGUGUAUGUGUCCAAUCCAUCACCUAUUACGACUGACGAUCAAGAAAUCAAGCGUACGAAAUCCUUCACCUCCUUGGGAAGUGUGAUAAAGAGCUAUGGUGAAAUAAACAGCAAUAUCCAGAACCGAUUGAACAAGGCAAAAGGGACCUUUAAUCGAAGGAAAGACCUCGGAAAGUUAGCGCAGUACAACAUGAAAACAAAGAUGCGAAUUUACAAUUUGUGUCCUGUCAACCUUGCUUAUAAGGCUCAGGGUAUGACAUACGACGGAGGCCGAUUUUUGAAAGGUUGUCGAUAUUUCACACGAUAUGUCUCCGAGUAAUCUCCCGUAUAUUUUGGCCAAGAACUAUCUCCAAAAAUGAGCUACUGGAUCUUAAAGAUAUGAAAACCAAACUCAAAAACGACGAUGGAGAUGGAUCGGGCAUAUCCUUCGGAGAGAAACCGACAGCAUUGCAAAAGUGGCCAUCCACUGGACACCAGAGGGAAAGCGGAGAGAGGCCGACCUGAAAAACUUUGCAGCGGACAGAAGACGAGGGGGAAAUCUAGAAGUGGGCCCGGUAUAGAGAAGAAUGGAAAGAAUUUUUUGGCUGCCCUAUGCGCUAAGAGGCGAUACGGGCAUAAAACUAAGGCAGACCGCUGUGUAACUUCGUUUCCCUCGGCAAGAAGAAAAUCAUCCAAAAGAUGGAACUGUAAGUCAUCUGCAGUGGGGAUCACUUACUGUAAAAGCGCCAUGGGAGCAAAAUUUUGUCAUGGACAUCCCAAACAAAGCGACCAAGUCGAUGGUUUUCUUAGCAUUUCUAAGUGUCUAAUUCACUCUCCAUCUCCUUUUCCAGCCAUUUAAACAAUAGAUGCAAUAAUAUGCAAUAAGUGCGUAGGGCGAGUGCAAUGCUCUGUUAAAUUCAAACCUCAGGAUAUGCUGCCUAACAGAUAAUAUCGUAAGAGUCUGCGGAGGUCAUUUAAAGCGCUGUAUUACCUUACAAUUGUUUUUUGCCAUUUUUAGGCUUCUUCAACGUCUCCGAAGUUAAAUGAAAAAGUGACUGUGACGGUAUCUAUACACAACCCUCUUCCGAUUGACCUGACGAAAGGAAAGUUUCACUUUGAGAGCCGUUUGAAACCAAAGACUCUGAUAAUUCCUUGCAAGUAAGAUAUUCUAGAUUUAAUGAAUAAUGGAAAAAUGUCAUAUAUCAUUCACACAAUGCACUGCAAAGCUACAAUGAUGGUGACAUGGUCUUUUCAUUUUAAGGAUAGCGGAAAAGAAAAAAGGAAAAAAAAAGUUGAGAAAGAAACACAUGUGCAUGUGCUCAGACGCCUGUACUGGCAGGACUCAGCCAAAGUCUUAUUUCAUAAAAUUUUCAAAUUCAUUUAGAACAUGUAAAUUCAUAUGCAAACGCUAACCCUUUCACAUAGUCUUGAACAUUCUUUUGAAUUAGCUCUUGAGGCUGCAUGUCUUUGAAAAAUUUGCACUCACACGGGCGCUUGGGAGCCUUAAUGUCUAUUUUUCGUUGAACCGACCCCGAAUUUUAAGCUCAAGAUCAACAAACUAUUUGCUUUGUUUCUUUUACACUUUAGCGGACCCGUGCGUGCCAACGAGACAAAAGAGGUAACUGCGACCUUCCAAGCGGCGGAAAGACCUGGAUAUCGUAACUUGACGGUCACCUUUAAUUCACAAGAGAUUACAGGAGUGUCAGGAAAUAUCUUUUUUUAUGUUGAGGAAUAGAAAGAGUGCCUUUUGAUCGUGCGUCACACAGAAACAAAUUUAACUUUUUAUUGCCACAAGUGAAAGCAAGAAAUUGAGUCCAGUACAUGUAACCGUCCUCAACACCUUCGUGGGAAAACGCGUGGAUGAAAAACGUGAUUCGCUAGAAUGUUUUAGGUGAUAAGGGUGAGACCUUGGUGCGAGCAUGUGUCAGACCGAACAUAAGCUAGUCACAAAACAAAACCCAGGUUGGUGUUAAAACGAUUUCAAACCUCAAUCGAAAACCACCAAGAUAUAAUUGUAAGUGAAAUUAACAGUUAUUGUAAUUUUCUUGUUUCCUUGUGCGCAAACAUACAAAUUUUGUUAAAAUUAUAAAGUCUCUAAACAUUAGCAUAUGUACAAGCAGUCAAGAUACAUAAUUUUUGUUAACGCUCUUGUAAGCGUUUCGAUCUCGAGAUUGGACGCUCUUCAUAUUGAGCGACCUUGAAUUUUUAAUGAUUCAAGCUAUAUCCCAACUUAAAAUUAUAUGACACUUGUCAAUGUGACAUUAAAGAGCGAUAUUUUAAUACAAGUUGUCUUCUGUGAGUUGUGACUAAUUAGUAACACCUUCGACCACGCUUUUGUUUGACUUCGCCUUUAAAAACGCAAAGCAUACUCUUCGCACCUUUCAAAUUAUCUCCGUAAGUUCACCGAUACCAUUGGAGAUGAGGAGCUCACGAGAGUGUAAAUGUCGUUCUGUCUUGCGCCAUUUGGCGUCUUUUACAGCUUUUGCUCCUUGAACUACUCGCUGCUCCAAAAAAUGACAAUAAUUUUGAUCGAAAUGCGAGAUUCUCCUCUGCGGGUUUCUUUAGUGAAUUAUGCAUUCAAAGAAACAAUUUUUCUGUGCUAGUUGUGCUCUGACGUUUGUUCAAGAGGAGUUUUCAACUGACUUUUUCCAAACCUGGAGUCCAGUUUUAACCGUAUAACCUUAAUACUAAUCAUUGCCGUGAAAUGAGCUCUCUUUUUCCAAAUCUUUUUUCGAUUUAAGUUUUCGUCCCUUUGUUUUCUGUUCCUUGUAAUCCGUGCUUUCAGUUCAUUACCUCUUCUCCGUUUCAUGUUUCACCGUUCGAUGUUCCUCCAUUCCAUGUUCCACUUCUCCCAUUCCGUGUUUUAUUUUUCCUUUUUCAGUCAACCGAGGAAAGCACACAAUUUGAAUAAAGAAACAAUAAAACACAAAAGUGAGUACUAAUGAACCAUGAAAAUCUCGAUAGUGGUUCACACUUGGCUUAUGUUAACCUAGUCAGAUUUGCUUGACAACAGAUUUACACCAAAGUCUCCUUUCGUUCAAAAAGAAGAACGCUAUAAAAAAAUACCAGUCUUUUAUGGCUCAACCAGAGGAACAAGCCGGUUGUUUUCGGCUUAGGUACGUAUGUUUUUCUGUAGCAUUUUCUCUUAAGUUGCUCAGACAAAUGAAUGAAUAUCCAGCUUUUUCGCCAUUUCUAUAUAAUUAUCUCAAAUCAAGAUUCCUGAAUAAACCUCUCGAAGGUUCAUACUAACGAUCGUUUUUAGACUUGUUUGACAAGUCAAACGUAUCCACCUCGAUUACGGUGAAAUCUACUUUUGCGUUACUGAAGAUAACAGUAUGGUUGAGUCGGGAGCCGGGUUUGAUUCUUUCAAUUAAAAAGAACCGAACAUCAACCACACCGUUUUAGUGGCUUUUAAGGACUAAAUUGAACGACGGGAUAAAUGAAAUAAUGACAUCAAACUUAGCGAAAGAUAACGUUUGAGUUUUCGGCAAAGGGAUUGUUUAUUUGCAUGAUUGUUUAUUUACAUUUAGCAUAGCUUAGCAACAUCUUACCGACCCAACUUUGCGUGAAGGACAGAUCGUUUUAAGCUCAAUCAUUUUUUUUCGGUUUUCCCACUGUCAUUGGAGUUUAAUGAACUACAAAAUACUCCGCCAGGAUUUGCCAAUUUGUUACAUGAACUGAAAAGUGCUUUGGGGAUUUAAAUUAGGGGCUUUUGAAGACAGUAAUUGAUUAAUCCUAACUUGUCUUCGUUGAAGCACUGAACCGAAAACCGAGUGAUGAUAAGUUCGAAUCGUAUGCAACGCAAACAGCUUGGAUUUUAAAAUUUUGUCUCAUUGAUUCUGCUUUUUAUUUAAAUAUGCAUACAGUGUUAUGUUUAUCUCCGCGCAAAUGAUGAGUAGACAGAUUCUUUUAACCCUCUUUGCUCGGAUGAGAAAUGUUCCUUCGCUUUAAUCAGUUUCAUGUAACAAAACAAUGAUACUUAAAAUACACAUCUGAGAAUUGUCUUACGAGUUAAUAGUCGAAUGAUACUUCCCCUAUUUAGAUUUAGUUUUGCAUAUCAUUUAAUCUAACCGCGAUUGCUGUUAAUAUUUCUGUUUGAGACAAGUUUGCGAGUCAACAUGGCUGACAUCUUUCAUUCCUAAGACGCACGUUUGUGCUAAAUUCAUUUUAUCCACUGUUCAAUAGCCGCCCUUGAAGCGUAUCUGUUUAGGAAGAUUCAAUUAGGAUAGUUUAUUGUAGAUAGCUCAGUGACUGAAUCUUAAAAAUUCAUUUGUUAUGACUGAAUUCUUGACAACAGGGAUUUAUUGGGAUUUCAAAGAAAAAUGUAGAAAACUCAUUUAUCUAUAUGGGUUGUAGAUAAAUGAAUAAAUAAUCAGAUUAUUGAAUGGCAGGUCUCUUACAGUGGGCUCAAGCCUUGGUGCUUGGUCUUUAAUUCUGGAUAGGACUGUAAAUAAUAAUACACCUCAGGCUACCUUCAUUUUAUCGAUUUUGCACCGAAGCAAGAUAAAAAGCGUUGGAUGAUACCGCGAUUGAAAGAAAAAAUUUUGCUUCAAAAUAUUUUACAACGCACGAAUGAAAACAACGUUAAUGAAAUAAUCAUAAUUAUGAACAUUAUCACGAUUAUAAUAACAAUAAUUUUCAUACAUGUCAUUUUAAGCCAAGGGCACUCCACGGAUCUUACCAAACUGUCUUAGAAAAAAGCGAACUCUGCUAAGUUAGGUUAUUUUCAUGUGUUCUGUUGCGAGAACAAUUGAAAAGGACUGGAAAUGUUGAUAAUAGAGUCUUGAUGCGUUCUGGGUGAGCAGUUGUGACAGUUAGUCAAGUGUGACACUUUUGUAGUAGCGAGCGGUGUGUGUUUGCGUUACUUAGGAUUAGUAUUUUUGAGUUGUUUUGCAGAUUUCGUCACAACUUUUUGAAAGCCAUUGAAAAAGAAUCACUUUCAGCUGAUACACUGCAGUUCUUUUAACUCACUUUUAGCGUUAAAAAAAGCUUCCACAUAAUUUCUCAACUCAAGUUUGCAUUCUUCUGAUUCACUUAAAAAUUACAGGAAGAGGCGAGGAAAAAGAGUUGAACCUGAAGGAGCCCACAAUUUAAGGUACUACACUUUAUGGUUUGUUUGUUUGUUUGAACCUAGGGGUAAAUGUGAUCGUGUAGAGUGAUCCCUUAAGUAAGGGUGGUCCUGAAAAGGAGAGUUGACAGAAACUAAAGGAACUUAGCUCUAAAGACAAAUGCAUAUAUUUUUCGACGAUUGAACUAACUUGUGACAAGUUUGGUUCGUGAAAACUGAUUGGCCAGUUUGUUCGCGAUGUUCUCCGCAGUCACACUCAGGUAGCAUUUGUCUGUUGCGAAAGGUUAUUAUUAUUUUUUAACACAGCGGUCAAACAUAGGGGAUGCACAAGGGGUAAAGUUUUACCAGCCGCGUGAAAAUUUCUCGGGAAACACUACAAAAAAAACUGAAAAAAAAAAUUAAAAAAACCUAGGAAACAACUACUACAGGAUUACCUUUAAGGUGAUUCUGUAUAAGGAAUACAGGUUUGUAAUUGGAGGACAUUCCUCAUUCGUAUAAGUAAAAAAUUGUUGAUGUGAAUAUCAAUUGUCUUUUCUAAUCAACUCCUCUCUCACUUUACUAUCUUCUUCAUCUUUUUGCGGAUAGAAACGAACAAAAUGGACCCCCGUCAAAUGGAUCGCAGCCCACGGAGUAAGCUCUGCUUAUUAUUGGUAGCUUCUGUUCAUUGUACAAUUUUAAUUCGUUAAUUGCACAGUAGUCUGUUUCAUCUGUUGGUGCAUCAUUAAACGGUUAGUUUCGCAUUGGAGAAGUCUUAAAGGAAUAACAGACAUGUCACACUACAACUAAAGAGCUAAAAAGUUGGUUAAAACGUGCAACGUGCAAUCACUGAAUCACUUGACCCUUAGGAGUGAUUUGCAUCUAAUUUAUCUCACACCUGCAUUACACAUUAUGAUGAAUAAAGGAAAUUAUCACCCACUAAAGAAUUAACUCUUGAUUGUUAAACAAAUUCACCUUUCCAACACCUUAGGGAAUGUAGAGAGAACAGUAUAGAGAAUAUGCAUACUUAUUUUAGGAUGUAAAGGGUUAAAAAAAAACUUGACAUGUCCCCUCAAUGUCAGUAACAUGAUUAGCCUAGGACCCUUUUCCUGGAAAAUCCCUCUUUAGCCACUGCAUAUUUUCUACCGUUUUCUAAGGGAUCAGUAAUUAUUUAUCACCUCGGGAGAUUUUUUGGGGGGAUGGUAUUAUUUUCAUGAAGAGAAGAGGGUGGAUUAGUUUUCGCUAACAGAGGAUAAAGGACCAUGGAAAAUUGACUUUCAAUUAGUGGGGAUUAUUAGAAUACUACAGAGCUUAAAGGAAUGGGGGGGGGGGUGUGUGGAAAUCUCCGACCCCCAUCCCCUCCCAGACGAUAAAUAAUGACCAGUUCCUCAUUCAGUAAAAACAAAUCUGAUUGUCAAGUGAGCAGCGGAUGGCGAUGUAAUUCUAUUUUGUUUCGAUAGCUGAUUUAUCGUUACAUUCGCUAUGCAACAAUUAAAGUUGUAAGAACUGACAGAAGCCCACAGUGGGCGCAGAUAGUGGUUUUUAAACAGUCGUGACUCUUGUUUUGGUCUAUUUGUUUGAUUCAGGCCAUUGGUAACGGAAGAAAAUCCGGAUGAAUCCCAAAAUUCCUUGUAAGUGGUAAAAAAUAAACAGGUUGAAACAGGCUUGACAGGUUUCAAGAGGACUAGCCUGAUCUGAAAUAGUCUUGUAUGAUGAGGACUUUAGUUGAACAGCAGGAAACUUACUCACUUGAUGCUAAACUUCGUGGUAUUUUUUGUGUAAGAAUGAGAAGUAUUUAAAAGAUUACAUAUCUCAUCGUUUAUCAGUUUUGUGACUGUCGACUAAAAUGAACUGAGUUUCCUUGCAACAAUUUUUGAAGUUCCUUGCUACGAGCAGGGCAUAAAUUACGAGAUUAUUUCAUGCAUAAUGGUGCUAACGUAAUCAUGUACCAUUGUUCUCAAUCAUUUCAUAUUUUUUUGUUAAAUUUGGAUAUGAUAGAGAGAAUUCAAACAACAGCUCCAGCUCUGGUCUGGGAGAGGGACUGGACGGUAGGAUCAAUCUGAUAUCUGAUAGAGAUUUCCGAGAGAGAAAUGAUGCCUUAAGGAUUGACAGUGGAAAUGACAAGCAAGGUACAGGAUUGAGGAUUGAGAGAUUUUCUGUUCGGUAAUUUGAAGGAUUUAAGGAUUUUUAUUGAUUCAAAGUUAGAGUAAGGCUUGUGAUGACCCUCCUCUGUGUACUUAUGGGUCUGUAUCCCAAAGCGAAGUUAACAAGUUUCUUUAUCAGACCCCUUUGUCGCAGGACUGAAAGGAGACGGGAAAAACUGGUCUUUUGUCAAACAGCGUUGAUAAAAUACCAGUACCGAGAUGUUAUGUGGGAGAAUUUUUAUGGAUGAACAAACUUAUCAGACUAUUUAUGUGAUUCAAAUAAUAGUUCAGACUAUUUAUGUGAUUCAAAUACGAAGUUCGCAAUUUUAUUUUCUCAUCACUUGACUCUGCCACCUCUUUACUCUUCGCUGUUUUUUUCCCGACAGGGGCAGACUCCCAGUUAAAACCUGUGACAGUUGAUUUUCACCACGAAGAAAACAGGACAGCUCAUAAAACUGAUGACUACGAGAUACCACAAUUGAUAGUCAGACGGGGAAAGGAGUUUGACUUCACUGUGACGUUUAACAGAGACUAUCACCCGGAAGUUGACGUCAUAGUUGUACAGUUUGUUACAGGUAAAGCAUUUUCAAUGUGUAUUCUAGCUUCUGUUUGAUUGAUCACAUUUAAAUGCUUAUGACUUAAUCAGCGAUCGUUGUUCACCCUCUCUCAAGAAAUAAUAUCGCUUUUCUUUUGAUUAAUAAUGGUAAUAGGACUGAGUGGAGCCCAAUUCAGUCUGUAAUCAUAUUUUGUGAAUUACGAGUAUGAUUACAGAAAGAAUUGGACGACACGAAGUCCUGUCACCAAUUAAUCAAAACUAUGACAAAAUUCGAGAAAGAAACUAUUCAUCGAUCAUACGUUUUCAUUAAGAAAAACAACAGAUAACUCAAAUCGGGUUGGUGAUAACCAAUCACGUUCGAGAAUUUUGUUACGGUUUUGAUUAAGCAGUUUAUCAUUAACGUAGCUAUUUCACGUAUUUCUGAAUAUUAUUUGCGCCUCUUCAGGAAAACGACCCCAGGAAAGUAAAGGAUCGAUCAUACGGGUGUCAAUUCAAGACCGCCUCACCGCAAAUCAGUGGGGAAUGCAGGUCAAGGAAGCCAGUGGAAACACAGUCCAUCUGUCAAUCAUGUCAUCAGCAAAAUCCAUUACUGGUCGAUAUGACGUACUCAUCGAGACAAACAGCACAGCCUCAUCUGGAGAUGACUCCUUCUUUCGACACAAAGUCGAGGAACAGAUUUGUGUACUCUUUAAUCCUUGGUGUUCGGGUGAUUUUUUCUUCAUUUCAGUUUAUAGCGUCAUUUGAAGUAGUUAACUCUAUUCUGGUGCUUUGGAUUCCAAACUUCCGAACUCUUACCGAACAUUACUCCUGCUCAAAGAAAGUUUGUUCCGACGAAAGUUAUAGUUAGAAACCCAGAACUGAAUCUCACCUUUAAUGAAGCAACUAGCUAGCUUGCACAUGCUAUAGGUAAAUUCUGCUCAAUAGAUUUGAUAGAAGGAUAUGAAAUUACGCAGCUUAAAAUUCUCCCAUGAUUAAAGAAUAAAAGGGCGAAGCUUUGGUGAGAACAGUUGAUUCCCGGCGCUUCGUUUUGUGUAUGUUCAUUAAAUGGUUAUUUUUCGCACGGGUAUAAGUGCACGAAGAACCCCUGUAGAUUCCCCGUAGAUAGCUCAGUUCUUUUAGUAUGUUUAGCUUUUUAAAGAGCAAUAGCUUCCUACAGUUAUUUCAACUUUUUGAGAUUUUGAUGAGACUUUAUUGGAUACCAAACUUUACUUUCUUUUUCAUAUGGUAGACGAUACAGUCUUCAUGGAAAAUAAUGAACAUCAUAAUGAAUAUGUCAUGGAGGAUUUUGGCUACAUAUGGAGAGGGAUUUCCGGGCAGUUCAAAAAAAUUCCUUGGGCAUUCGGUCAGGUAAGAAUUAAUAUCACUUCUCACCAUCCCACAUUGCAGGUGUCAUAUGAAGAAGAGUAAAUAAGUCUUAGCUGGCUAACGCCAAAAUGGUAAAUAUGGACAGGCACAUGGCGGGUGAGAUUUGUAAAUAACCUGUUUUGGUUGGUUGAAAAAGUAUUGACAAACUAAGUGCUACUGCCGAUGACAUUGACUAUUAUAUUUAGUCUAUUAUUGCCUCGUAUGUUAUUCUAUGGCAUAUGUUUUUAAGCAUUUUUUUUUAGUUUGAGGAUGUUGCCUUAAACUGUGCAUUGUGGCUGUUGGAUAAAGCUGAGCUUUCCUGUAUCGCGCGAUCCAGUCCAAUCCAUGUUGUGCGUACAAUAUCAGCAAUGGUGAGUCAAAAUGCUUGCCUCAGUGCACGCUUUAAUACUUACUUAGUAACUAAGUUAUUACUUAACCUCAUGACCGUUAAAGAAAAUUAGAUAAAUAAAUGUGGAUGAUGUCUUCCCCAGGUCAACUCAAACGACAAGGACGGUGGGAUUUUGUCUGGACGUUGGUCCAAUACAUUCCCUGAAGGAACAACACCACCGCUGGCCUGGACUGGAAGCACUGCCAUCCUGGAAGAGUUCUGGAGAACGAAAAAGACUGUUCGAUACGGACAAUGCUGGGUGUUCUCUGGACUAGUAACAGCAUGUAAGAGAAUUUUACAGUGAUGUAUAAUAAAUACUUCGGCAUUCUUUCUGUAAUUACUCUAGCAUUCGUCAGAUCUCCUCGCUUUGCUCGGCUUGCAGUAGGGAGUUAAAGAAAAUCCCGACGGCAACGGCAACGGCAACGCUUCUGAGCAAAAGGUGUAAUAAGCAGAAAAAUGACUGUGUACGUGCGUCAUAAAUCGUUGUAAAUUUCUUUGUGUACUCUGCGAAACAACAACAUGAAAUGACCACCUUGUGCGUUGUCUGGAGAACGUGAACGGCGACGGCUAAUUUUUUAAAUUUCUAUUUCUGAUUUAUGCCAUGUACCAUACGAUUGACAACGAGAAACAAACUAUACGACUUUAGAGUAUCGCGAGAUUCGUAGGUAAAAUAUAAAUUCAUUUUGUAACCGACGUUUUCCAUGGUGUCGCCGUCGCCGUCGCCGUCGUCGUCGCCGUUUGUCAACUCCCUAAUAAACAAGAACUAAACUCGUCUCCGAAAUGAAGCGGGUGGUGGGGGUGGCGGCUAGGGGCUGUGAUUGGUACAGAUUAUGACUACCAUAGGCAAGAAAAUGUAAGACCCUUAGUUCCCCUCUGCACUUGAAAGUAAAACCCACACAACUGAAAGCGAAAAAAACUUAUAAAUACUUGAGAGAUAUCGUUUUAUACAUGUACUUCUUCAAGAAAAUUGAACAUGGUGUCGGGCGUUGGAAGUUAAGGUUUAGCAGAUAAAAACAAUUAAGGCUCAAUUAAGCCAGAACGUAUUAUAUGAUAUCAGGCAUGGGGCCAUAGUAAACAUAUUUUUGUUUACUUUAUUGUUUCAGUACUGAGGGCGCUAGGAAUCCCAACUCGAAGCGUGACGAAUUUUGAUUCCGCUCACGACUGUGAUGGCAGCAUGACGAUCGAUUAUCAUUUUGACGAGGAGGGAGAUCUCAUCCCUCACAUGAACGACUCAGUGUGGUAUGUGCUGCUUCUGGUUGUAAGCGUAGUAACCGACUUCUAUUUAAGUUUUUGGUUUCGUGGUUAGAUUGGAGCGUGGGAGAAAAAAAAGAAAAGGAAUAUUGAGUUCAUAGAUGUUAAAGUAGCGUGCCCUUUCUAGGAACGAGUGAGUGUAUAGAUAGGUUACUCUGAAGACCAGAGAUACAUCUAUAGUCUAGAAUAUAAGCGUUGUUCUUAUGGUAACCAAAAACUUCAGCAACGCGCAGUUGUAUCUUUGAAGAGAUUAUAGUGUUCUUGGACAGUUCAAUGUUUAUUCCAAAUACCUCACUCGGUCCCACAAUCAUAGGCCGGUUACAGCUAACUAUUACUGAAACUUGACCAAAUGCUCCUGGUAACCUGGAAGUUGCUAACCAAUAUCCCAUCCAGGAAGAGUGGCGAUACCUUUAAUCUCUUCAUGCUAUGGAAACCUGGAGACAGUGAUACGCUUGAUUAGCAAUGCAAACAGUGCUUUAUACCUCCUCCAGUCGAGAUCAAGAAUCUCUCAAAUCGGUAGUAUCUAUCAUACACACCGAAUACUGAUCUGGUAUGCAUGCAGUAACUCCUCAAAUCGAUUUCCUUUUUUUUUUCAUCAAUCAGGAACUACCAUGUGUGGAACGAAUCAUGGUUCAAGCGCCCAGACUUGCCAGACGGUCAUGAUGGAUGGCAGGUGCAUGAUGCCACACCCCAAGAGACAAGUGAAGGUAAGGCAGUAAAGGAACUUUACCACUAACUUUACGCCUGGCUCUCGAUUGCUUCACCGCGGAGUCAUAAAGGACCCGUUGGUUGACCUAAGCCGUAUGUCAGGUUCUUAAUUCGACAUUGUUGAUCCUUGCAUCGCACCGAACGCUAGUCAUGAACAAAUAAUCAGAGAUUAUGGUAUUAUCGAGCUCUCUGUACUCGAAAUUGGAGGGUCCUAUAUUUGGAUGUUUCUAAAAAUUUCAAAAUUGUUUCUUUGUCCCACGCCUGAAACAAACGAUAAAAUUUUUAUUUGUAGACUUCUAUAGUAGUGGGCGUGGUUAUUAAACUCUUUUGAUGCAUGUAACCUCCCAGCUUCGGUUUUAAAGCCAAAUUUCAUUAUUGUUUUUACGAUUGCUUACAAAGCUUUAUCUUAGAUAACAGUAUCCGAUGACUUUUCGAUGAAAUGCACAUAAGUUCAUUGCGUAGAUUUCACGUAUAUUUGCAAUUUACUCUUUAGUUGAAUGUUGGACAAUUUAAAAUGUUUUCAUGUGGUUUGUCUUAACGGUCAACCUUGAAAUAACGUGGUAUUAGAACCCAGACUCUUAACCGAUUGGGGGCACAACAGUUGGCGAUGUACAAAGCGCAGAUUUAAGAGAGUGCUGGGAGGAGGAUUUGAUAUAAAUCUCAGGCUCAGAGCCACCUCGCCAUGCCCUUAAUUCCCGCCAAAAAAUAUGAUAACUCCUUUUUUCGAAAGUGAGUGCUUAUGCUUCAAAGUUAUAUUCUUCAUGAGACUGAUUUACUUCAUCUGUUUUAGGUGUCUUUCGCUGUGGUCCUGCAUCAUUAAAAGCGGUUAAAAAAGGAGAAGUGUACCUUCCUUACGACACUGCCUUUGUGUUCGCUGAGGUAAAUGGCGAUCGUGUUUACUGGAAUGUCAAGAAAUCUGAUGGUUCAAUGAAAGCUUUUUCCGUGGACAAGAAGUAUGUUGGAAACUCGAUUAGCACGAAGGCUGUCGGAUCCGAAGAAAGAGAGGACAUCACCCAUGAUUAUAAAUAUCCUGAAGGUUGGUCUUCUUUUCCUGCCUAUUAGGCACAAAAAAGAAAUGUAGGAAGAAAGGCAGACAGACUUUCAUUGAGCCAGUGAGUCAGUCAGUCAGUGAACCACUCAGUCACAAAUGUCGGUCAUUCAUUCAAGACAGCCGCUGGAUUUGUCGGUCACACAUGUAGCACGAAAUGUGCUAGCCAGUCUGAUUUUAAGUACUUGAGGAAUUUUAACACCCAUGUGAUUAUAACAGGUUCUGAAGAAGAGAGGAAUGCUGUCAAAUAUGCCUUCCAGUUUAGCAGCCGCACCGAACACGAAAUUUACCAAUAUCAAAGCGAGAAUGUUGAAUUUCGUCUCGAUGUGCGGAAAACUGUGUACAUGGGCAACAGUUUUGACGUCGCCGUUGUCGUGGAAAACAAGUCAGAAAAUACGAGAAACAUAAAGGUUAACUUUACAGCUGUCUUAAGUCAUUACACUGAUGUUCCUGCUAAGAAACUGAAAACAUACAAGCUUCAGUUCCUAUUAAACUCUAAAGCAGGUAAGUUUUCACGGACUGUAGAAGUACGCAAAGAUGUGAAAGACGUGAAAAUAAUUUUUCAUAACUGUGGGACGAAGUUCAACCCACAGUUUAACCGAUCGGAUGCUUGGAAGUAUUUCUGAGCUACAGGAAACUCUUGGAGAGUUCGAGUAUUGGACAGGGUUAGUUAUGUGACAUGCAAGCUACAUACUGCCUGAAUGAGCAAUGCCGAAUCGAAAUAUGCAUGAGCCAAGGAAACAAAAAUAUAAUUACAUUGCUAUCCUGGAGCCUCCAAGCAAAGUCCUACAAUAAUGAAGCUUAUCGUCUUAGCUUACAAAUUCACUACCAUUUCUAUUGAUAACUUGGGUGGGUGCGGGUAAUUUUUGUCGGGGCAGAGUUCAUGCCACAGCAGCUCAAGAAAAAAUACUGGUCCCCCAUUUUAUAUUCUAUACUCGUGUGGAGUGAGAGUUCGACGAAGAAGCAAACAUGUCUCCACGACCGAUAACUUUCCGUACAAGUAAACAUUUCAAUUUUCUCUCAUCAGAGAAACGUUUAGAGUUGAAAAUUGAACCCAAAGAUUACAUCACCAAGACAGGAGCGGAUGUCACCAUUAAGUUGUACGUUAAGGGUUUAGUAGAAGAGACAGGUCAGUCCUUUGCUGCUCAGGAUGUGGUGGAGCUCACCAAACCCGCACUGGAAGUUACGGUGGGUUAUCAACACUGCAAGGAUUUGGCUGCGGGUUAAUUCCUUUUAGUCCUAAUGCCAUUUCCAUCGAAGAAUUUGGAUUCUCGCUCAGUAGUCUCAACUAAUGUUGAGUUUCGAAGGUAUUACACGUUUAAUUUUGUUUCUUCACUUAGGCAUCGUCAUCGCAAGUGAAGAUUGGUGAAGAGGUUGAGGUAACCGCGUCAUUCACGAACCCUUUGCCAAUACCCCUAACAAAAGGACAAUUCCAUCUGGAAGCCACUCGUAUGAAACCCAAGUCACUUGUGGUCGACUGCAAGUAAGUAACAGCCAUUCGGCAGAAGUUAUGUCCGCGUGUAAUUUGAAAACACGCACCCAUAGGCACUUAGAGCAGGUUGGAGUGUAAAAGUAAGAAUUUGAUUUCCAUAAUCAUGAUGACUUAACACAUGGGCCAACUCCACAAUAUCACCAGAGUCCUGGUUUUUCAACCUUGGGUGACUAGCAGCAGUGCGAUCCCUCUCCGAGGAAUGCUAGUCCAUAGCUGGCAGGUCGCUGCGCUACUUUGUUUAGGCUAGCAAGCCGCACCGGUAUUCGUGUCAUUAAUAGAAAGAGGGAUGUGGGAAAACUAUUCCCAAGUGGCCAGCGCAAUGACCUCAACCAAAACUUGAAUCGCAGCUCAUCGCGGAAGAUUUACUAAAAUAAUUGAACGAACUUUACCAAUAGCCAAAUAAAUGAACAAAUAGAAUUUCGAGCAGUCUGCAAACGCAGCCUCCCCAUAUCUUAUCUCCCAGGAAGUGAUCUUGCUCAUUAGACUUCUUAAAAUGCAUGCGGGGUGUGGGUUCCCUAUUGUUAACUUAACUGAAUUUAAGUUGACUUUAGAAAAUUGUUCCUAAUUCAUAGGGGCCCUGUGGGUUCUAAGGAAGAAGCCAAGAUCACUGCCAAGUUCACAGCAGCCAGAAAAGGAAAGCAUCACAUCGCUGUCAGCUUCCAGUCUAACGAACUCACUGAUGUUCAUGGCGAGUGUACUGUUUCUGAACCAGAAGCACGUUAA